AUGCGGCCCACAACGAUUACACCGACAUGGACACGUUGGGGCAGAGCAGAGCACCAUGCGGCCCACAACGACCACACCGACAUGGACACGUUGAGGCAGAGCACCAUGCGGCCCACAACGACCACACCAGUAUGGACACGCAAAGCACAGCACCAUGCGGCCCACAACGACCACGCCCAUAUGGACACGUUGAGGCAGAGCUCCAUGCGGCCCACAACGACCACCCGGUAUGGACACGUUGAGGCAGAGCUCCAUGCGGCCCACAACGACCAAGCACAUAUGGACACGUUGAGGCAAAGCACGGCACCAUGCGGCCCACAACGACCACGCCGGUAUGGACACGUUGAGGCAGAGCACCAUGCGGCCCACAACGACCAAGCACAUAUUGACACGUUGAGGCAAAGCACAGCUCCAUGCGGCCCACAACGACCACACCGGUAUGGACACGUUGAGGCAGAGCACCAUGCGGCCCACAACGACCAAGCACAUAUUGACACGUUGAGGCAGAGCAGAGCACCAUGCGGCCCACAACGACCACACCAGUAUGGACACGUUGAGGCAGAGCACAGCACCAUGCGGCCCACAACGACCAUACCGAUGUGGACACGUUGA